UGUGUGUUCACACAUGCACGCACGCAUACACACACACACACACACUCCCUUUCAUCUUAUGGAAUGUGUACUGACCAUGUGCUAGGUGUUUAAAUACAUUUUCUAAAGUGGAAGGGGUGGAGAAAUCCAUUUUUGUGCGAGACAUACUGAAAAGUCUUCAGGAGCGUAUUAGGGUUGUGAUAUAUAAAUCUAUUUGCCAGGUGAUAGACUGACUGACUGACUGACUGACUGACUGACUGACAGAUAGAUAGAUAGAUAGAUAGAUAGAUAGAUAGAUAUUUUACCAUCUAAAUAAUCAGACUAUAUAUAAUAUGAGCAAUGAGAGAGAGGGGGGACGGAGCGAAGAUUAUCUGUGUUAUUUGAAUAUUUGAAAGAUGGAUACACCCACACACUCGACACAGUAACUCUCUCUCUCUCUCUCUCUCUCUCUCGCUCCCUCGCUACCACUUUUCAAGCUACUGCAAACCGUGUGCUCACGCGGAUCUGGAACUCUUUUCCCUUGAAAUCUGAACGAUGACAAAAUUAAAAUAUUACUGAUUUCUGCUUGGACGCGGCUUCACUGUGGCGAAAAGGCCUGAUGAGAAAGAGAGGAUUUUUUUCAUAUUUUAAUUCAUCUACCUACGGGGAUUGUAUUCAACCUCAAUUGAAUAAAAAUCGUCCGCUUUUUGUUCCUUUCUUCCUGCAAAUCUCAGAAGCAUUUUCCCCCGCGGUAAAGUCCUUUCUCUGCACAGUUGAGUAUUUCUUUUGUUUUAAGUUUCUGUGUGUAGCCUAUACUGUCAUAUACCGCUACCACCAGCUUCUUUAACUGCUAAUAAUAAUAUCGUAAAACCUAAAGUUACUUUUUAAAUGCUUCACAGGCACAUAUUAUGUAACUUCAUUGUAUAGUUCGGCGUCUAAUUGAAGGAAAACGGAGCGUAACUUCCGUCAUUGAAAUGUUUCUCGCUAAACGCUACAUCAAAUAGAAUUUAUGGAAAAAAUAAUUAUGCAUUCUGUAGCGACGAUUGGGCCCUUUGUUAUAAAUCUCCUGUAUAUGCUACAGUAAAAAAAAAAAUUAGAUAAAAACAUCUAUGCAAUUUAAUCAUUUUCCUUUGUUUUAACGUGUGCGCGGAAUGGUGUUGGCAAGCUGGUACCUCAAACCCGUUGUUCUUACAGUAACGGUAUGUAUGUAACAGGGUAGAUUUAUGUCACAUAGGAGCUUUACUUUCCGAGUUAAUGAUCAUUCUGAGUGUUAUACAAACCGACUUUAAUCUUAAUAAUGAUACAACAUAUAAAAAUUGACAAACUAUAUUUAAAACACAUGAACUUUUUGCAAGUGCAUCAUAACUAAUAUAUGCUGUGUGGACUUUUAAAAAACCAGAACACAACAUAAGUCUUAAACACGUUUAAAAUAAGUGCAUAAAAGUAGGUUUUCAAUGUAGUAGCCUAAUUCCCCGAUCUUGCGGAGCCUAUCGGUAGUUAAGUGACUCAAUUACACAAUUACUCACAAUUACAACAAAACUUCUCAGAUUUAGUAGGCUGAAUAAGCCCUAAAUACCUCUGGGGAAACUGAGUGAGGAGGCUGGGUAGUACGUCGGGUCGAGCCAGACAAUAGUGUUUUUAUUGUAUUUUUCCCCCUUCUUAUGAUUUUGUCUUACUACUUAGUCACACAGCCAAUCAAACUGUAAUUACAAAAUUUAAUAAGUAAAAGGAAAAUGGUCGCGUCAAAACCUCAGAGAAUGUGGUUCACGCACCUGGCCGUGCUCCUGCUCGAGCUGCUUGGCACCGUACAAGGUUUUUCCACGUGCCAGUCUUUCGACUUGGACGAUUACAAGUCUAAGCGAAUUGAGGCUGUGAGGGGACAGAUUCUCAGUAAACUGCGCAUUCGGGGGGUACCCGAACCCGACAAGAGCCCGCCACCCGAAGAUGUGCCCCUGGAGGUAAUGCUGCUCUAUAACAGCACCCGGGAGUUAUUGAAGGAGCGCGCGCAGCAGGCCGAAUCAGCCUGCGAACGUGAAAGCAGCGAGGAGGAUUACUAUGCUAAGGAAGUACAGCGUGUGGACUUGCAGCCACCUAGGAUUGAUACGAAUGUGAUCAACAGUGGCCCCCCUAGCCCAUAUUUUCGGAUAUUGAGGUUUGAUGUCACUCAGGUGGAGAGGAACUCUAGUACGCUUGUCAAGGCAGAGUUCAGGAUCUACCGUGUACCAAACCCUGGUGCCAAUGCUUUAGAACAAAGGAUAGAGAUAUACCAGCUUUUGAAGUCCCGUGAUGCAGCGGCCCCUUCACAACGCUACAUUGACUCCCGCACCGUACGUCCACGUGCCAAGGGGUCAUGGCUGUCCGUCGAUAUCACUGACACUGUCAAGGAAUGGCUGACUCACAGAGAUAGGAACCUGGGGCUGAAGCUAAGUGUCCACUGUCCGUGCUGCACCUUUGUCCCUUCCACCAACAACAUUGUGCCCAACAAGAGCGAGGAACUGGAUGCCCGCUUUGCAGGUAUUGACGAUGAUUUAAUCAAGCAGUUAAAGAAACCAGGGGCUGUCAAAGGUCAGAUAGAGUUCAGCACCAAGACACCGCACCUUAUUCUCACUCUGCUGCCAAGUGACAGGCUGGAGAACCCUGGCAAGAAGAACCGCAAGAAGAGAGCAGCAGCUGACAACCCCACUUGCUCCCGAAAUGCUGAUCAGAGUUGCUGUCUCCGAUCCUUGUACAUUGACUUCCGACGUGACCUGAACUGGAAGUGGAUUCAUGAGCCCAAGGGCUACAAGGCUAAUUUCUGUGCUGGAACCUGCCCCUACUUGUGGAGUGCAGACAAUCAUUACAACAUGAUCUUGCCCCUUUACAACAAACUGAACCCCGAGGCGUCCGCCUCCCCGUGCUGCGUUCCCCAGGAGCUGGAGCCCCUCACCAUCGUCUACUUCAUGGGUCGCACUCCCCGCGUCGAGCAGCUAUCCAACAUGGUGGUCAAGUCCUGCAAGUGCCGCUGACGCAGGGCACAGCGGGCCCCGGGAGGAG